AUGGCGGCAGUGGAGGCAGAAAGGGAGUUGCGUGCACUCUCCCUAAUAGCAAAUACUUAUGUCACUGCAUCUGAAGGGUACUGUCUUGCUGAACCGGUACAAUACUAUGAUAUUUUGCCAGAACAAAUCAAUUAUCAGCUACAUGACACUGAUUUUCAAGAAUCUUAUUGCCAGUAUUCUACUGUUCAGUUUCCUCCAGCUCUACAGUCCUCAUCUUUACCAAGUCAUUUCAACACUUAUAGCUUGGAUCCACGGUUUAGUGGUGGAGAGUGUCGACUUAGUUCCUGUGAAGUGAAUAAAUCCACUUACGUGGUUGUCCACGAUGCCGAAGAAUACCCUGGAAUACAAAGGUCCAGACUAACUUAUUCUUUCAUGGGAGCUAAGGGACACAAAGAACUCUGUGUAGUUUGUGGUGAUACAUCAGGAUAUCAUAAUGCACUUACUUGUGAAGGUUGCAAAGUUUUUUUCCGACAUAGCAUUACAAAAAAUGCAGUAUAUAGUGGUCACUGUGAAAUGGACAUGUACAUGCGUAGAAAAUGUCAAGGGUGCAGACUGAAAAAGUGUAAGGCAGUAGGAAUGUUGGCAGAAUUUUUGCUCAUAGAAAUUCAAUGCAAAUCAAAUAAACUUCUAAAGAACUUUAAGCAGAAAAACAGUUUUCAUUCUGACAUCAAAGAGGAAGAAGUAGACAACAAGCUUGUAUCAUCCACCACUAGAUCUGGAAAAGUGGUCCAGGAGAGCAUGGAACUAACUCAAGAGGAACAUCAGCUCGUUAAAAACAUUGUGGCUGCUCAUCAAAAAUAUAUAAUUCCUUUAGAGGAAACACAGAAAUUUUUAUUUCUUUUUGUUGGUUAUCUGCAGGAAUAUGCAAAUCCUGAACUGAGUGUUUUGCUACUCUCAGAGACAGUAGUCCCACACAUACAGGGGUUAAUGGAUUUUACCAAGGGACUCCCAGGAUUUAAAAAUUUGAUCAAUGAAGAUCAGACUGCAUUACAGAAGGGAUCAAAAACUGAAGUGAUGUUCCUUCAUGUAACCCAACUUUACAAAGAAUAUCUUUCAUCAGCUCCUGAAAGUACAAUGAGAUUAUCAAAUCAUUCAGAUCAUUCACUGAAUUGUCACAAUCAUAGUGGUGAUGGAAGAUUUGUUUAUUUUAUGGAAACAUCUGGCAACAAAGACUGUCCUUCCACUACACUGACUGGUAUGGUUGAAGAAUUUAUUGGCACACUCGUUUACUUCUACAGAACGAGUGAGCUUAAUAUUACUAAUACUGAAUAUACUCUGCUUACAGCAACAACUGUGUUUUUUUUCAGGUAUCAUCCAGAAGACCUACAGCAUUUUGCUCAGCUCUUAGGGAGGCUCACCAAACUGAGGUCUCUCAAUCACAGCCAUUCAGAAAUACUUAGCACUUGGAAAACAAAUGACCCCAAUUUGUCUAGUUACUCUGAGAAAUGGAAUCUGUAUUCACAUUGCUGA